AUGCUUGAAGCAUGGACGACGCUAAGUGAAAGCGAGAUCGCAGACAGCGAACCAACGGACGGAACCGCGAGAAACACCAACGACAAAGACACAGAAGCACAGACGUACGAGGGGAGUGACACCUCGGAACUGUUGAAAGAAAACCAGCGACACGAGUUCCCAGAGAUCGAUUGGGAUAACAGAAGUUGGACUCUGGACGAAUCCGAGUCCCAGGAGCAAGAGGGACUAUCCCAGGAGACACGAAACCUCGUUCAAGGAACGAAGGGCUCCCAGGACCUCGAAUACGAACCUCCAUGCCCCGAACUGCACUACCAGGACCCAGAAUGGGCCGUCGAGAUAUUCAACCGAAUUGUCAGGGAAGAACCCUACAUCAGAGGAGCAGUUAUGAAGUUAAACGAGUUGUGCGAACUCAUGAACAGGAACACCACCAAAGAAGAAAAGAAGAGGGCCUGGAUCGAGUGCGACCCACAGCGCGGAUUGCUCAUGUCGCGGAUACGCCAGGCAUCCCGACCACAGCACGAUACCCUUCACGCGGUGCUAUGA